UUCAACCGCAUUUUCCCAUAGACAUCCAAACAACCUGCAUUCGAACACCACCCCUGCAGGUGUGCAACGCAUAAACGCAGUGGCAAAAUUGUUUCAAAACAUAAACUUGCCUAAAUGAUUGGCACCGAUGAAAUGUCAUCCACUGGCAUGGAUAUCAGUGAAUCCUUUCGUCCGGAGGAUAUAUCGAAAACAGAUUUUUUCGAUUUUGUAACAGCGCCCGAUAUGGGCUUGGGACUGGGUGUUAAUGUGAAUCUACACAGUCACAGUCAUCAUCACCACCCGCAGCCGCAGCAGCAGCAGCAACAACAUACAAUAACAUCUCCCCAGCCUCAACAUCAUCCGCAUCAUCAUCAUACGCAUCAACACCAGCCACAUCACCAUCAUCAUUCAACAGCGCAUCAACAGCCACAUCACAAUGCAACACCAGAUGUUAGCAGUCCGAUGACGCAUGACGGAGGUGGCGGUGGUACAGGUGGUAAUGCCAGUAGUGGGAGUAAUGUUGUUGUUGGUGGCGGUGGUAGUAAUAGUACGGCCAGUAUUAGUGCCAAUGGUGGCGAUAGCCAUGGUGAUACAAGCGGUUUGAGUGAUGGCAGUUCGACCAGUACAACAGAUCCCACGCUGCAUGGUUAUGAGUUCUGGGCCUCCGACAAAGAACACACAUCAACCAUAUUCGAGGAUUUGGAUCGUUAUUGUUGGCAACAGCAACAAACCAAUACCAGCACAGCAACUGGUGCCUCAUCACUAGUUGGCGUACCCAAUGCCAGUACACCCAAUGCGGCCAGUAGCAGAAACAACAAUAACAACACCGCAAACAAUAACUCCUCUAACCAAAUGCACCAUACAUCCUCAUCACCUGCCACAACAACACUAAAUCCCCUACACACCAGUCUUGUCAAUCCCACGUCACCGCACAAUCAUCACUCGCCCAUGACCCCGGUUAGUACCACGCCCACGGCAUCAACGUCCUUGCCCACAACGCCAGUGUCACAGACUCAGCUAAACAGCGACGGUACCAUAUCGAACAUUAUCAGUACGGAUGGUCAAAUUUAUACGUUAACAGUAUUAAAUGGCAAUGAGCCAUGGUUAAAACGUGAAAACGAUACCAGCCAUUUACAGAAUAGUCUGGAUUUCGAUAGCCUUUUGGGUAGUUUUCCUGGCUAUAUUAAAUCGGAAUAUCCCUAUGACGAUAGUGGUUUUAGUACCGAUGGUUGUAAGGAUUUGAAUGGGGAUGCGGGGAGCAUGAUGGCGGGGAAUAAUCAACGUUUGCCCUCCUUGAUCAAUACCAUAUCGUCGGUGACCAGUACGGCUGGGGUUGACGGUUCUGUGGCACCAUUAAAUGUUGGCCAGCAGUUGGAUCAGUUUCACAAUAACAACAAUGAUUGGCACAUGACAGAUCAUAACAAUGAACAGAAUUCUGCCGAAUCUUUGCUUCGUAGUGCCCUCCAAGGUAAAGGUUAUACCAAAGGUAUGCAUAUGCACAAUGGCAUUGCAUUAAUGCCCUCAUCAAUAUCGGUCAAAGAAGAAGAUAUGCGGAGAAUAUUGUUUCCAGUUGAUACGGAUGGUUUAAAUUUCUCCGAUACUUCUUUGAGUGCGGCACAGAUUUUCGAUGAUACUCAAACGGCCAACGGUCACAAUCCACAUAUGAUUGUGCCGCACUCACCGGUCACCAAUGGUCCACUCACGCCAGUCACAAAUGCAAAUGGCAAUAACAAUAAUAACGCCAGCAACAACAACAACAGUGCCAACAGCAAUAACAAUAAUAAUAAUAGCGGUAACAGCAAUAACAAUAAUCAAACGAGCAAUAUGAUGGUCGACGAUAUGUUCCUAACGUUGGAGAAUGCAUUCAGCGAUGAUUUCGAGAAAAUCAAACAAUUCUGCACCACCGCCACGGCAAAUGAUUAUCAUGCAAAUGAGGUGAUGAUGCAACUUUCGCCCAGUGUCACAGGUGGUGGUGGUGGUGGCGGUGUUGUGACGCCAACAACAGGUCCAUCGGGAAUGGCAGCGAUGUCAGUGGCAACACAGCAACAACAAAUGCAGGCACUACAUACCGGGGCAACAACACCAAAUAAUGGUCUCCCAGCACAAAUGUCACUGCAACAGCCGCAGCCACCACCACCUCAGCCAUUGAAACCGGAAGUGACAACUUCAAGUCAACGCAUGGUCUCCACGGCGAAAGUUACCAAGAAAUAUAAACGAACAUUAUCGACACACAGUAAUAACAGCAGCAGCAAUAACAACAACAAUAAUCCUAAUGUCAUUAAUCACAAUAACAUAAUUAACAACGCCAACAACAACAAUAAUGGUUCAAGUAAUUUAAACACUUCUAACAAGGGUUCCAGUAAUUUGGCCCUUACAAAUGGCAACCGCAAUGGUUCAGCCUCAAGUGGCAGCAGUACAACCAGCAGUAAUAGCCCCACCCAUUGCAAUGGUGGCCUAGGGGUUGGUGGUAAUUCAUCUACGACGGGAACAAAUGCCUCUUCAUCGUCCAGUGGCAGUGGUGGCCAACGCAAAGAACGUUCUCUGCAUUAUUGUUCGAUAUGUUCGAAGGGUUUCAAGGACAAAUAUUCUGUGAAUGUUCACAUACGCACUCACACGGGUGAGAAACCCUUUGCCUGUACACUGUGUGGCAAAAGUUUUCGCCAAAAAGCCCAUUUGGCCAAACAUUAUCAGACUCAUAUGGCCCAAAAGAAUAAUGGCAAUUUAGUUAAGGGUAACUCAAAUAAACAUCAUCGUGCAUCGGCAUCAGCAGCGGCGGCGGCUGCUGCAGCAGCUGCAGCUCAACAGCAGCAACAACAACAGCAGCAUCAGCAACAACAAAACUUAAAUUCUCCAAAUGUCAUGCAAAAUCAUGUGCGUCCACUCAAUUCCGCCUCUUCAGCUCCCACAACACCCACAAUGAGCCAUCACCAUGGCAUGGGUGGUUUAGUCAAUGGCCUCUUGACCACUUCAACGGCUUUGGCUUUGGGUGUGGCACCACCACCCGCACCGUCUUCGGUACCAACCACACCCACAACCCCCAACACGAUACUACCGCCGGCCAAUGGCCUACUGGCCAACAGGUAGAAACUGCCCCUCACUCUCUCUCCCAAAUAAGCCUUAUCAGAGCUAAAACAAUAUUUUUCAUUUGAAAAUAUUCUUUAUUUGUUAAUUUUAUUUAACCUAAUCUUCAUUUGUUCCUAAUUCUUAUUACGCUCUUCCUUUUUUUUAUUAAACGAAAACUGCUAUUUUUAUAUGUUUUUUAUUUGCUAUUUACAUUUAGUUUAUUUUUGUGUUUAGUGUAAAGUGAAAAAAAAAUGAAAAUCGCAACCACAAGAGCUAUCCUCAAAGGAUCGCUUUUGUAACUACUACCUGUACUUGGAAAUACUCAAAAGAAAAAAAAGGAAAUUAAAAAAUGCUGUCCAUAUUCAAGUAGUUUCUUAACGAAUUUAUUAUACUUUUACUCCUGUACUUUAAGUAUCUAUUUAUUUAUUAUUUUGUUUAGUAUUCGUUCUCUAUUUGUGUAUAUUCUUGUUUUUGUUUUAUUGUUUAUAAAAUCCUAUUUCUGUAUAAAUAUUGAGAAGCGGCGAACUUGACGUUUGUCUUGUUUUGAAAUCUUAUUUUCCUAAGAGAUAAAUUGAGAGAUUUGAAGUGGUUCAUAUUUUAUUGGAUGAAAAUACUUGCAUACCCUUUGCAGAGAUAUACAUUAGGUAUUAUUUACCCAAAGUGACAUACACGUGGGACGUACCCACAUGCGACACGGAUCCGAUAUUUCUCACACAUUUCUCGAGAAAAUAUUUAUUUUAUCAAGCACUAAAAUGAUAAAGUCUGAUUUGACUAAAUAUGUGAUAUCCCACACCAAUAUUUCUGGGCACGGCCAUGCCUCUUUUGGAAAAAUGUUAUCCCUGCAGGAUGGACAUAGAUGCUAUAAAAACUGUAAAAAUUUAAAAAUCCCAAGGUACAAUUUUUGAGCAUAACCAGGGCUGUCAUAGAAACCAAUUUUGUCACUAUUGGUUUUAAAAACGACAAGAAAAAAUGCUUUGGUGUCAUGAAAAUCAAUGUUAUCGGGUUUAUUUUCGAAUUAGAAUUUUAUCGGUUUUGGUUGUCAUAGAAGCCAAUGUUAUUGGUUUUGUUAUUGGAAAUAAACCAAGUUGCUUAGAGCUGUCACUUUUCAUUUUCUUUGGAUUUUUUAAACAAUUUUUAAAGGAUAUUCAAAGGACUAAAAAUGUGAAUUUUUUAAACAAAUUUUAAGGGAUAUUCAAAGGACUAAAAAUGUGGAUUUUUAAAACAAUUUUUAAGGGUUAUUCAAAGGACUAAAAUGUGGAUUUUUAAACAAUUUUUAAAGGAUAUUCAAAGGACUAAAAAUGUGGAUAUUUUUAAAGAAUUUUUAAAGGACAUUAAACGUGGAUUUUUUAAAGAAUUUUUAAAGGACUAUAAACGUGGAUUUUUAAAAAAGAUUUUAAAGGACUACAGACGUGGAUUUUUUAAAGUAUUUUUAAAGGACUGUAAACGUGGAUUUUUUAAAAAGAUUUUAAAGGACUAUAGACGUGGAUUUUUUAAAGAAUUUUUAAAGGACUAUAAACGUGGAUUUUUAAAAAAGAUUUUAAAGGACUAUAGACGUGGAUUUUUUAAAGAAUUUUUAAAGGACUAUGGACGUGGAUUUUUUAAAGGAUUUUUAAAGGACUAUAGACGUGGAUUUUUUAAAGAAUUUUUAAAGGACUAUAGACGUGGAUUUUUUAAGAAAUUUUUAAAGGACUAUAGACGUGGAUUUUUUAAGAAA